AUGUUCAACUUGAAAGAACUUGUGAGGCCCAAUAUAUUGACUCUUGAACCAUAUAGGUGUGCCAGAGAUGAUUUUAAAGUUGGAAUUUUAUUGGAUGCAAACGAGAAUACCUAUGGACCUGCUUUGAGCUCGUUAACAGAAGAUCAAAAAUCGUUGGAGUUAAAUAGAUACCCUGACCCUCAUCAAGUUGAUCUCAAGAAACAGAUUGUUCAAUUUCGUAAUUCUAAUGCUUCCGAGUACUUAAACGAUUACGAUAAAUUCAAACUAACCACCGAUAACUUGUGCCUAGGGGUCGGUUCUGAUGAGAGUAUAGAUAUGCUCUUGAGGUGCAUUUGCGUCCCUGGAAGAGAUAAGAUGUUAACAUGCCCCCCUACCUACGGUAUGUAUUCCAUCUGUGCAACUGUAAAUGACGUUGGGAUUAGCCAGGUGCCGUUAGUAUAUCCAAGCUUUCAAAUUGAUCGUGAAGCGAUUAUUGAGAAAUUGUCCAACGACAAUGCUAUUAAAAUACUCUACCUCACCUCUCCUGGAAACCCAACUGCAAAACUAAUUAACCCGAAGGAUGUCGUAUUGUUACUUGAGAAGUUAAGCAAGAUAUGGAAUGGUCUUGUUGUGGUUGAUGAGGCAUAUAUUGAUUUCGCAUCUCUAGAUGAAAAGGGACGGAGCAAGUCGGUAUGUACACUUGUCAACCAAUACCAAAACUUGGUAGUUUUGCAAACAUUGUCAAAAUCUUUUGGAUUAGCUGGCAUAAGAUUAGGAAUAACGUAUUGCUCGACUCAAUUGUCUUUCCACUUAAAUUCGAUGAAAUAUCCUUACAAUAUUUCUUCGCUAACCUCAAGCAUCGCCAUAAAGGCUACUCAUUCAAAUGACGGUUUAAAGAAAAUGAAAGAGUACGUUAAUACUAUUGUCGAGCAACGUCAAAUUGUUCUUGAGAAAUUACAAGAAUUGAGAGGAAUCGGUAGGAAUAUUGGAGGAUUAGAUGCAAACUUUUUGCUUUUAGAAGUAUUAGAUAAAAGUGGAACUCCAUCUAAUGAUAUUGCUUAUCAAUUGUAUCAGAAGUUAGCAAUUGAGAAUCAGGUCGUCGUUAGAUUUAGAGGUAAGGAGUUAAAUUGCACAGGUGCUCUAAGAAUUUCUAUUGGUACGGCUGAAGAAAAUGAACUUUUAGUACGCAAGUUUGAAAAAUGUUUGAAUGAAAUACUUAGCUAG